AUCAAUCAACUAGAAAUGUUGGGCUGAAUAUGAGUUACCGGCAGUAAUUUGGCACUUUAAACUAUCCUACAACAGAAAGCACCAAUAUAAAUACUAUGUUAAGUUAAACAGCAAUGUACCUCAACAAAGACAAGAAAAGAAGGACACUACAUUCAGCAAGUGGCAGGAUAAUUAGCAUGUUUUCACAGCACAGUAAUCUGUAGGCCUAGGUGCAGGAGAGGUAAAAUGAACAAUAUUCACAUCACAAGUACUAAUUAAACACUCCAAAGAAGAACAAAGAAGAGGCAGCAGAGCUCCAUCAUCACAAUCAGCUGCUGAGAAUCCAAGUGUAGAAUAAACUAUGAAGAAAAAAAGCAGACGUCUGAGGUCAUCUGAGGCUUCACAACAGACCAGCAGCACACAGACGACCGUGAGUGCCAGUGAGGGGAAGAGGCCUCCUGGAAACAGAGGGAGACCUCGGAAGACUGCCCCUGUAACCGAAGAAAGUUUCUACCAUGAUAAUGCUGCAACACAUGUGACUGCUAACUCAGACUUCAGUGUGACAGACACAAAGAAACAUCCAGAGAGCAAGUCAAAAUCUUCAGGUAGACUAUCUACUGCCAUCUGCAGGCUCUGCCAUGGGAAGUUUUCUCCACGGAGUCUGCGGCAUGCCUUCAACAAGUGGCCUCAGAAUUCAACAGAUAUUGUUAAAGAAGACUCAGAUGCCCAGUCACCCCUUUUAUUCCAUACAGACUUCCAGCGACUGGUUGGGGUCCAGUUGGACCGUGACCCGCGGUUAUCAGAAUAUAUCUGCAAGAAGUGUCACACCAAGUUCUACAAGUGCCACAGCAUCCUGGUCAGGUUUCUGCAGAGAGUCAACCUCCUGCCGGUUGGGAAAGAAAACUCCAAAAGCUGGAAGAAUGCGUGUCCAGAAUCAUCAGAAAACCAUGUGUCAACAAUGCCACCGUCCUUUACCUCAGACCCUAAGUGCCUCCAUAGCCUGGUAUCCUGGGUUCACCACCACGGUGAGGGCUGCCGAUCCUGCCCCAACCUGAAGGAGGUGCUCGAGGGCCGGUGCUGGGGCUCCGUCAAGGCUGUGUGGGGUUGUGUUGACGGUCACAGCUACACCAUGGACACCCAGUGCAGCACCGCCACCAACCCAGCAUACACAUUGAACUUUAGUGGAGCGUUAGGGAGUGGAAAUGGUGAUGGAGGGAUGUCUGAGGAGGAGGAACAGGAGCAGGAGGAGGAGGUAGAUGAUGAAGAGGAGCAGCCCAGUGGGAAUGGAAGGACCCCAUCAGGGAGUACAGCCGGUCUGGCUCAGCACAGUCCACCUGCAGUGACACCACAGACUCAGAGCUCAGCGCUGGCUGACUGGACCAGUAACACUGAAGAUUUUCCAGGCCAUGAGGAGGCGUUGUCUCCUGCUCCGGCCCAGCUGGAGGACAGGACCGCUGACAGUGAUCUGUCUGACCGAGUCAUCUCAGAGGAUGAGUUUGUGGAGAGUAGAAAAGGAGGACUGUCAGACGAGUUGUUUGAGCCGUACUCAGACAAGAGAGCUCGCAGGGUGAACGUCCCCAGCAAGAGAAGAAGAAGCCCAAAGGCCCCAGAGGAGCCCAAAAUCAAAAAGAAACCAGGACCCAAACCUGGCUGGAAGAACAAGUUCAAACCUAAAGGAGAGGAGCUUCCCAACAUCUACAAGUGUCCAUAUCAGGGCUGUACAGCCGUCUAUAGAGCUCCUGAUGGUUUGAAGAAGCACAUAAAAGAGCAUCAUGAGGAGGUGAAACAGCGACCCUGCCCUCAUCCCGGCUGCAACAAGGUUUUCAUGAUCGACCGCUACCUGCAGCGACACGUCAAGUUGAUCCACACAGAGGAGAGGAACUACAUUUGUGACCAGUGUGGCCAAACCUUCAAACAGAGGAAACACCUUUCAGUUCACCAGAUGAGACAUUCAGGAGCCAAACCACUGCAGUGUGAGGUGUGUGGCUUCCAGUGUCGCCAGCGAGCGUCAUUAAAAUACCACAUGACCAAACACAAGGCAGAGGCCGACCUGGAGUUUGCGUGCCUGAUGUGCGGCAAACGUUUCGAGAAGGCCCACAACCUGAACGUCCACAUGUCCAUGGUCCACCCGCUGACUCAGGCCAAGGUUCAGAGAGGCAGCAGCCAGCAGCAGCAGCUGUACUCUGACCUGCACACCAUCACACUAACGGGCGAGGUGGUUCAACAAGACCAGGACAGAUGACAACAGGGAGUCCAGGUCCAAGUCUGCUGUGGUUUUACAUAAACUGUGGGACAGGGACCAUUUCUGACAACUGUGGAGGAAUUUCAAUGAUACACGACGAUGUUUAUCUGACUUUUCUGCCAACAUUUCUUUAAGUGGGAAUCACAUCAAUUAUGGAUCAUUUUGUGUGUCAUAUAAAUAAAACGUUUAAAGGUA